CCAUAAAAAUGGCGACCUACAAACUGCAGUCACUAACAAACACACUAUAAACAGUUUUAUACUAUUAUAAAAUAAAAUGUAAAAAUAAAUUAAAAUUUUACAGUGUACUUUAGCAUUUGUAUUCAGUCAUUUUCACCUUUUCUCAUUGCUUAUGUUUUAUACAGUCUCUUUUUCAGAGAAACAUUACAUACACUACAAGUUUACAGCACAUUCCAAAGCAGACACUUUCCCAGAGUUCAGUGCUGUAGCUGUUGCUGAUGACAGACAGAUCAAACACUACAGUAAUGAAGAAAGAGACUGGAUUCUGACUGUAGAUAACUGGAUCAGUGCUCCUGAAGCACCACCCGAUUCUAGAGAUUGGUUCCUUCAUCAUUUAAACACUCUUUCAGACUGCACAGACUCUCAGUGCUUUGAGCCCCAUGUUCUUCAGAGAGUAAUUGGUUGUGAACUAGAGAAAUCUCCUGAAGGAACAGUGAGUCUGAGAGCAUUUGAUGAAUAUGGGUUUGAUGGAGAAGAUUUUAUGUCCUUUGAUUCUGACACUCUGCAGUGGAUCGAGAAAAACCUCAAAGCUAAAGAAACCAAAAUCAAAUGGGAUCAACAAACAGAACGAAACAAAUUCCUGAAGUAUUUCCUCAAGACCUGCACUGACUGGAUCUCCAGCUUUAACAACACAAAGAAGAGUAAACCAGACGUUCACACCACUUUAAGAAAAGCUCCUAAUGAACAAAAUAAGCAGGUUUUGACCUGUCUGAUCACUGGCUUUUACCCCAGAGAUAUUGAGAUGGACAUUAGGUUUAACAAAACUGUCCUUAAAGAUCAGAGAUCUUCUGGAAUCAGACCAAAUAAUGAUGGGUCCUUUCAGAUGAAAUCCAGUGUGAAGAUCAGCAGAAGUCAACAAGGGAUUUAUGACUGUUAUGUCAAUCACAGCAGUCUGACAGAUCCAGUAGAAUGGGGUAAAUAUCAACAUAAAUACAGUUUAAGUGAAUUUAAGCAGAAUGAGCUUUCUUCUAUCAUGAUGCUCGUGCAUAGCAGAUGAAACUUCAGUAUAACUAGUCACUCAAUUUGUAGCAGUAUGGCAAUACUGAAAUGGAUUAAUGUUGCUGGUC